AUGGCCGACUUCAACGGAACCCCGAGCAGCCUGGGCAGCCAAACCAGCAAGCGGCAGGCGGCCAUCCUUGAUCGGCAUCUCCCAGAUGGCUACUCUGCCGACCCCGACGUUGCCUUGGGCCCGUCCCAAGCUCCUGUUCCCUCGGCCUCCGCUGUCAGCCUCGACCGAUCCUCCCAAGCAGACCCCGUUGAAUCAUCCCUUCUUCUGCAGGGAGGUGACAUGCAUCGCGACAUGUUCAAGAUCAAGGCUCGUGCAAACUCGAUUCGUCGUGCCAACACCUUCUCCCACCACGCCUCUCCGCGCUUGGGCCCUGCCGACGAACUAUCAUACCCCGAACAGCGUGAGCCUGGUGGCUUCAGACGACACCACUUGCAACUUCGAGCACGACAGGGGCGAAUGAGUAGUUACACUGUCGUUGCGAAGAAUUUUGUCGAUUUCCUCGACCUCUACGGCAGCUUUGCUGGCGAAGAUCUCGAGGAUGCUGAUAGUGAAGACGAAUCUGCUAUCGACGAUCGAGAUGAGGCCGAUGUGGAACAACCACCUGAGCUUCGACCACUUCUUGGUCGCAGAAAGAGCUCUAGGAGAUUGCACAAGAAGGGCGAUGCUACAACGACUAAGACUUUUUUCACGCUCAUCAAGGCCUUUAUUGGCACUGGAAUCAUGUUCCUUCCCAAGGCCUUCCGCAACGGAGGUAUCCUGUUCUCGUCAAUUACCCUCAUUGUUCUGUCCCUCGUCAAUUGUGGAUGCUUUCGGCUUCUUCUCGACUGCCGUGACAAGUAUGGAGGAGGUUACGGAGAGCUGGGCGCUGCCAUCGUUGGCCCACGGUUUAGAAGUCUGAUCCUUGCGUCGAUUGCCAUUUCCCAGCUUGGCUUCGUCUGCGCUGGACUCAUCUUCACGGCAGAGAACCUCUGGGCUUUCCUCGAUGCGAUUACUGCAGGCGACCACAACCUGAUGCUGAGUGUUCCAACUCUGAUUGCCCUGCAGCUGCUCAUACUUAUCCCACUUGCCCUGAUCCGAAAUAUCUCCAAGCUGGGACCUGUCGCUCUGCUCGCCGAUGCAUUCAUUUUGAUCGGCAUUGUCUACAUCUGGUACUACGACGUUGCAGCUCUUUCUCGGAAUGGCAUGGACCCGACAGUCAGACUGUUCAACCCCUCUGACUUUCCCUUGACAGUGGGCUCGGCCAUCUUUACGUUUGAAGGAAUUGGUCUCAUCCUUCCGAUUCAGUCAAGCAUGAAGAAGCCUGAGCAUUUCAGCAACCUCCUCUACCUUGUCAUGUUCAUCAUCACCAUCAUUUUCACAUCAGUGGGAGCCAUGUGCUACGCCACCUUUGGCGAGCGCACCAAGAUCCAGGUCAUCUCCAACUUUCCUCAGGACUCGCCCCUCGUCAACGCAGUUCAGUUUCUCUACUCCUUGGCAGUCCUAGCGGGAGACCCUGUUCAGCUGUUCCCGGCGGCUCGUAUCAUCGAGACGUCUGUGUUUGGCGAGCGGGCAACAGGAAAGAAGAGCAUUGCGAUCAAGUGGAAGAAGAACGCGCUCCGAACGCUCAUCGUGGGAGUGUGCGCGGGUGUCAGUAUCGUUGGCGCCAGUGAUCUGGACAAGUUUGUUGCAUUGAUUGGGAGUUUUGCUUGUGUUCCUCUGGUUUACAUCUAUCCGGCGUAUCUGCAUUACAAGGGGGCUGCGGAAAAGGCUUGGGUCAAGGCACUGGAUGUGGCGCUCAUGGUAGUUGGGUUCAUUGCCAUGGUCUACACCACCCUGGUCACCGUCUCCCAAUGGAUCGACGAUGCUACUUGA